AUGAAAUUGCACGAGGCGAGUCAAACGACAGCGCGAGGAAAAGAUAAAGAGCGGUUGAAGGGUCUUACCUCAUAUGCAAAAAAGGCGUGCGAACUUGCCGUGAGGAAAAAGAACGGCUGCCUUUACGAGCACAUCCGAUGGGGAGAGGCCUUCGUGGUUGUGUAUUCCGUGAGCGACAGACAUAGUUUUCACGAAGCGCAGGAGCUGCUCGGACAACUCGCUAAAUUAAAACUGCCAUCCUAUUAUACGAGUCUCCUAUUAGGGAAUAAAAGAGAUCUCGACCAUUCUAGACAAAUCUGCGUGGACGAUGGACAGGAGUUAUCCUUGCAAUUCGGGUGUCAGUUCUACGAGGUGAGCGCCGCCGAAAACUUCGCUGGAGUCUCUUUAGCUUUCCAAUCUUUGUUAAGAGAAGCCAGAUCCGUGCAGCUGCUGAAAGCCCUCCCGAUCCGGAGGAAAUUGGGCGUCAACAGCGUCUCCAAAGUGCUCGGCAACAUCUUCGGAAAGAACUCCAAAGGAGAUCGAAAGAAACGACCAUCUCUUAGCAUAUAAAAACGCAAAAAAAAUAAACAUCGCCGAAACGAAGAAUAUUUUUUUUUGGAAGUC